GGCGCCGCCAUUUUCCUGCAGCUGCCUGUCCUUCUUGCCCGGCCCGGCUCCAGCUGACCAGGGAAGGGGUGGGCCGAGGCCGAGGCGCGGGGUUCCCGGAGCGCCCCGACUUGGUGUGGGAGCCCGCGGGGGACACGCGAGCCGGGGCUCUCCGGGCGGGUGGCGGCGCGCGGCCCUGAGCCCCGCCCCAGGCCGGCAGGCGGGCCGGGAGCCGGUGGGGGUAGGGGGUCCGGUGGGGGGUGGGGACCCUCGGACGCUUGGGGGGUCCCAGGCCCCGGCGGCUGCCGAGCGGAAGGGGUGGCGGACGAGCCGCAGACAUGUCCGGCCAGAGCCUGACGGACCGAAUCACCGCGGCCCAGCACAGUGUCACUGGCUCCGCGGUGUCCAAGACGGUAUGCAAGGCCACGACCCACGAGAUCAUGGGCCCCAAGAAGAAGCACCUGGACUACUUAAUUCAGUGUACAAAUGAGAUGAAUGUGAACAUCCCACAGUUGGCAGACAGUUUGUUUGAAAGAACUACUAACAGUAGUUGGGUGGUGGUCUUCAAAUCACUCAUUACAACUCAUCAUUUGAUGGUGUAUGGAAAUGAGCGUUUCAUUCAGUAUUUGGCUUCAAGAAACACAUUGUUUAAUCUAAGCAAUUUUUUGGAUAAAAGUGGAUUGCAAGGAUAUGAUAUGUCUACAUUUAUUAGACGGUAUAGUAGAUAUUUAAAUGAAAAAGCAGUUUCAUACAGACAAGUUGCAUUCGAUUUCACAAAAGUGAAGAGAGGGGCUGAUGGAGUUAUGCGAACAAUGAACACAGAAAAACUUUUAAAAACUGUACCAAUUAUCCAAAAUCAAAUGGAUGCACUUCUUGAUUUUAAUGUUAAUAGUAAUGAACUUACAAAUGGGGUAAUAAAUGCUGCCUUCAUGCUCCUGUUCAAAGAUGCCAUUAGACUAUUUGCAGCAUACAAUGAAGGAAUUAUUAAUUUAUUGGAAAAAUAUUUUGAUAUGAAAAAGAACCAGUGCAAAGAAGGUCUUGAUAUCUAUAAGAAGUUCCUGACUAGGAUGACAAGAAUCUCAGAGUUUCUGAAGGUUGCAGAGCAAGUUGGGAUUGACAGAGGAGAUAUUCCAGAUCUUUCACAGGCCCCUAGCAGUCUUCUUGAUGCUUUAGAACAACAUUUAGCUUCCUUGGAAGGGAAGAAAAUCAAAGAUUCCACAGCUGCAAGCAGGGCUACAACACUUUCCAAUGCAGUCUCUUCUUUGGCAAGCACUGGCCUAUCUCUGACCAAAGUGGAUGAAAGGGAAAAGCAGGCAGCAUUGGAGGAAGAACAGGCUCGCUUAAAAGCAUUAAAGGAACAGCGUCUAAAAGAACUUGCAAAGAAACCACAUACCUCUUUAACAACUGCAGCCUCUCCUGUGUCCACAUCAGCAGGGGGAAUAAUGACUGCUCCAGCCAUCGACAUAUUUUCUACCCCUAGUUCAUCUAACAGCACAUCUAAGCUGCCAAAUGACCUGCUUGAUUUGCAGCAGCCAACCUUUCAUCCAUCUGUCCAUACGAUGCCAGCUGCUCCUCAGGUAGCAAGUACAUGGGGAGAUCCUUUCUCUGCCACUCUAGAUGCUGUUGAUGAUGCCAUUCCAAGCUUAAAUCCCUUCCUCACAAAAAGUAGUGGUGAUGUUCACCUUCCCAUUUCUUCAGAUGUGCCCACUUUUACUACUAGGACACCUACUCAUGAAAUGUUUGUUGGAUUCAGUCCUUCUCCAGUUGCACAGCCACAUCCUUCAACUGGCCUUAAUGUUGAUUUUGAAUCUGUGUUUGGAAAUAAAUCUACGAAUGUUGCUGUAGAUUCUGGCGGCUUUGAUGAACUAGGUGGACUUCUCAAACCAACAGUGGCCUCUCAGAACCAGAGUCUUCCUAUUGCCAAACUUCCACCUAACAAAUUAGUGUCUGAUGACUUGGAUUCGUCUUUAGCCAACCUUGUGGGCAAUCUUGGCAUUGGAAAUGGCACCACUAAGAAUGAUGUAAGUUGGAGUCAACCAGGUGAAAAGAAGUUAACAGGAGGAUCUAACUGGCAACCAAAGGUUGCACCAACAACUGCCUGGAGUGCUGCAACAAUGCAGGGCACGGUGGCACACACCUGUAAAACCAGCACUCAGGGAAGCAGAAGCAGGCAGAUCUCUGAGUUGGAGGCCACCAUGGUCUACAAAGUGAGUCCGGGACAGCCAAGGCUACACAGAGAAACCCUGUCUUAAAAAAAUGAAACAAAACAAAAAAUUGUUAUGGACAGGGAUACAUGCAGUUACUAAGAAGUAUGGCAGUGGUACAGAGUUCUUAAUUAAUAGGAUACAUUCUUAAUAAGUGGCGUAGAAGCAACAUAUAGGAAGCUCUUAGUCACGCUGUGUUGACUCUCGUAUUUCAUGUAGUUCACAUCCUGAUAUGAUAAGCCUCAUUCUUAGCCAAAUGUACUGGUGUAUGACCUGUAAUCUCAACACUUGUAGGUUGAAUCUCUGGUUUAUUCCAUCUUGCUAGGGAAUGAACUGUUGUGUGGAUCAAUAUGGAUAACGCGGAAAAUACUGUGAAUAUUGAAUUUAGGGAUUAUAAAGUUCAUUAACUGCAAACAGAUGAAUUAACAGUGUUUGCUAGUUAAGUAGUAUGGAGGUCCUGUUGAUGUUUUUAAUUACAUCUGGGCAUCGUAGACCCAGAAUAGUUUAUGGCUAUUUUCCUAUCUUUGGCCUGCUUUAUUCUAAUCUGCCAAGUUUCUUCUUCCUCAGUCAGGGAAAUAUAUACCCUUUCUGGUGGAACACUUUGAAAUGUGGUAUGAUAAGGUUUUGAUUACUUAAGCACUAUAGUAUAGCCUCCCCAGUUGUUAGAAAGCGUCAUUGUGCUUGAUAAAUAUAGCAGCUUUUUUGUCAUUAAGCCCCUAUAGGACAUUGCCCUGUUUACUUUGGGUUGCUUAUAUGUUAAAAUUGGGGGCUGAGGUUAAAUCCAUGUACUGAUAAAAGUUUUACAAGAGUUAAUAGCCUUAGACUUUGUAAAAUGACAAUACUGAAGUUUAACUUUAUAUUGUUGUUUUUGAGGAGGCAUUUUUUGAGUGUGUACAGAGGUGUGUUAUAUAGCCCAAACUGGCUCUGAAUGGUUCAGAUCACUUUCAAAUGCACUAUCCUUCCUUGCCCUCCCAAGUGCUGGUAUUACAGCUCUAACACUGUGUUUGGCUCAGUGGUUUAGGUUUUUACUUACAAACACAAGCAUAUGCACGUGACUUUACAGUAAGUGUAUACUAAGAUUAUAAUGUUAUCUCAGGAGAGUUGGAGUAUGUAUGUCAUUUUGAAGUACAAUGAUACCUGUGCUUCUUUUUAAAAUCUCAAAAUGAAAAACUGAUUUAAAUUGAAACUUGAUUAUGAAUCUAGUGUUUUCCCAUUAUAACAUGUCUCAGUGACUAGAAUUGGAGGCAGCAGUUAGGUUAGUGGGCUUUAUGAUUGUAGAAUGGGAUUGUGCAUUAAUAAUGUCUGUAUAAUGUUGGAAGUACAACAGAUACUAUGAAAACACAGUGGUGUGUGCUUAUUUAAUGUUAAGUCGGCAUUAAUCUUUAUGAAAUACUGAGAGCUUUGGCUAGCAUUUACCUUAAGAUUGACUGACUACUAGAAUGUAAUAAACACUUAACCAUCUAGCAUUUGAAUGUGAGUUGACAGAAUAACAGUGUGUUUUAUAUGGUAGUGUGUCAUCUCUUAAGAUAUCUUCUUUCAAAUAUUUGUGUAUAGUUUAUAGUCUUUUUAUUUUUGAUGGCUAAUGUGUGGGGCCUGUGGUGUGAUUCACUAAGAGUAAACUGCUGCUUAUGGUGUUGUGUUUUUUUUUGUUUUUUUUUUUACAUUUCUAAUCUUUUAAUUAAAUCUUAAACACUGUCAAGGUUUUUAAAUUUUAAAACAAGUUCAUUUAUUUUAUUGAAAAUAUUUGUAAAACCACAAACUUUUUUCAUUGGUGGCCCCCACCUGGUGGAGAUAUGUGAUGUCACAGUGUUUUGAGGAUGCCCUUGAAUUUUCUUUACUAAUGUCACUGUAUAGCUUAUGCCUUAUCGACAUUUGUAAGUAGUAAACCAUUGUGUAUAUAAGGGGAGGAAGCUAAAAUUCCAUUUCCUCUGUCAACCUUGAUAGUGUUUUGGUAAUAGAUGUUCUUUUAUUAGAUAUAAACAUACCCAGAAUUUUAGGUAGUGGUGAAUGUAUUUGUAAACUAAAUGCUCUCUGUGUAUUUUGUUGUGUAAGUACUUGCUCUAAUCCAGUGUUAUUGCAUUGUGUAAUUGUUCUCCCUGGGAA